GCAGAAAAAGAAGUGAAAGAGGAAGGUCUGCCGUCUGACAUGAAGGACUGGAGUAAACAUCAUGUGAGAGAAUGGGUCAGCAGUUUGCAAGACGUGGACGACUCUGUUGCUGAUAUAUUGUUAAAACAAGACAUUUGUGGUAAAAGUCUCAAGCUUUUAAAAAAAUCUGACUUAGGUGAAAUGGGUGUGACAUUUGGACCAGCUACACUCAUUAUCCAUGCCAGAGAUGAGGCGAUGAAAUUAAUGACAGAGGAGCCAGUGAGCUCUGCACACCAGCCUGGAAGACCAUGCAAGCCUUAUCCUUUCUGCAGAUACCACGAUACAUCAAGAUAUGUAGAAGGCAGCAUUCUUGAUGUGACAGAAUCAGGUGCCUCAAACUUCAUUGAACCCUGCCACGAAUAUAAAGCUCUCAUUAAUACACCGGAUGAAGCUUUGUUUACCAAGUUCACCAGAGAGGUCAUUUGUUUUGCAGCUGCCUGCAUGAAUAGCCGCACCAAUGGCACCAUACAUUUUGGAAUAGGAGAUAAGCCAGACUUUGUUCACGGUCAAGUGUUGGGAGUGGUUGUAAAAAACAAAGAAGAGUUUGCAAUCAAGCUAAAAUUAGCCAUUGAUGACUACUUUGAGCAUAAGCACAAAAAUGCUGCUCAAAUGUGCAUUAAGCCUCCUCGAUUCGUUGAAGUUCUCAACCGAAAUGCAACAUCAUCUGACAAAUUUGUGAUUGAAGUGGAUGUUGUUCCCGAGUCUGUGGUAUGUGAAGAAAAUGCCUACCACACACUCCUCACAAAAAAAAGCAAACGUCCACCAAAGACUUUUUAUAUUCGAGACGGUGGUAGCAGCAAGGAUCUUUUUCCAACAACUACGUCUCAAAAAGAGAGGUUUAAAGAGUACGAGCUGUUUCUUAAAAAUAUACCUAAUCUGGCACAGUUACGCAAAAAUGAAGAAAAGAAGCACCUAAAUACAAUAAAAAGCUCGACUCAUGGCUCCAGAUUAAGUCACUUGAUAACUGGUAGCACUUCAUCUUUGGAUAAGUCACAUUUUGAGCGAUAUGUUAUAGUGACAAACAAAUCCCAUCCAAGYCAUUUUCAAAAUCUAGAAUUUCUCAUAGAGCUUGACCCAACAGCAGUUUUGGACUUUGACCCUGAAUCUGCUGAACAUGGCUUACAAAGCUUCUUUGACCAGAAGAGCACAGUAAGCGUCCAUUUACCAGCCAACUACAAAAUCACAGAAGGAGUGGAAGACAUAGCUAAGAAGUUGAAAUUAACUCGAAACACCAGCUGGGUUUUCUGCAAUGGACGUACUGAGCAUGACGAACCUUCAGACACCGACCGGUGGUUGAUGGACAAGGGAGCCUCAGUUCGAGAUGUGAUUUCUUUUUUGUGUCGAAAAGAUGUGCUUCCAAACAAGAGGUUCCUCGUCAUUUUCUUACUUUUGUCAACAGUAAGGGAGAGGAUGGAUCCUCUUGUUGAAACUUUCAGUACCUUCUGUCAGGAGCUCAGAGGCACCGAUCAAAUCCUCUGUAUAACAGACAGCGAAAAUGCAUUCACAUCAUGGAAGGAUCUUAUCAAGGCUCGCUGUGGAAUCGACAUCUCUGGCAGGUGUAUAUACGAGCUCAAUUUUGCUGAAAUCAAUGGCACCAUCCUUAGUCUUUGGUCAAAGAACCGCAGAGCCAUCCGUUUCCUGCCGUGCGGUGGUGAAAGCAAAGUGCCUCUUGAGAAAAAAGUUGAGCGUAGCCUGAAUACCUUAGAGAUCCUGUGUGAGAACCAGUGUGAAGGAGGAAAUGAGGACAAAAUUGUCAUGGAGGAGAACUUCUACAAAGGAGGAAAAGUACUAUGGUGGCAUUUCUAUUUCUCUGAGCAGCCUGGAUCUGCACCAUUCAUCAAACGAGACAUGUUUGACCACAUCGUGGACGUAGCCAUACCAGACCUGUGCUCCCUGACAAGAGCCUGUGUGUUGCUCAAUCUCCUUCAUGUACCUGGAUGUGGUGGUACGACUUUGUCCAUGCAUGUAUUAUGGGCUCUUAAGAAGAAGUUUCGCUGUGCCGUCUUGAAGAACAGCAAUGACUUGGCCGAAGUGGCUGAUCAAGUGAUCCAGCUUUUAACACAUUCCUAUGAAGAGCAAGUGCCAAAAAUCCCAGUUUUGCUGCUGAUAGAUGACUUUGAUGACAUGGAAAAAGUACAUGACUUGCUCCAGCUCAUUGAAAAGGCAUGUGCAGAGAAAGCCAUUCUGUCUAAAUUUGCAAAUGUCAUUCUUCUAAACUGCAUGAGAUCAGAGUCCUCGGAGUUAAGCGCACCAACUGCAAACACUGUUUUCAUUGGGAAUCAUCUCUCUGAGAAAGAACUGAAAAUGUUUGAAGUGAAACUUAAAGACAUCGAAAAAACACACAAGAAUUUUGAAACCUUUUAUGGUUUCAUGAUCAUGAAGAAGAACUUCAAGUCAGAGUACAUUGAAGGAGUUGUUCGUAACACUCUGAAAAACUUCAGCAUGAACCAGAAGAACGCACAACUCUUGGCUGUUUUAGUUCUGUUGAAUGUUUACUGCAAGGGUUCCUCUCUGUCUGUCUCCUUGUGUGAAGACUUUCUUGACCUUCAACCAAAGCCAGUUUGUGGAAACGUCAAAAUAGAAGAUGGAUUUGGAAAAUUUUCCAACUUCAUUGCCAGCUGCUUAGUUGAAGGCAAGGUAGUUUACAAAGCUGUGAAAGUCAUCCACUCAAGUAUUGCAAGUCAGUGUUUGCAGGAACUUAUAACAACACACAACGUGACAAAAGCUGCAAUUACAGACUUGCUGCUGACAACAAAGCAGUUUUAUGAGUGCACUCAAGGCAAAGACAAUCUCAUGCAAGGUGUCCACCACAUCUUGGUCAAAAGAUUUCAUUCAUUAGAAGAGGAAUCUCAGUUCUCCCCACUGAUUCAAGAAAUAGCCAAAGAAACACCUGGACAGGAAGAGAUGGUGCUAACAAAUGCAUCAAAACUAUUUGACAAAAAUGCCAUUAUCUUUCAGUUGCUUGCCAGAUACUACUAUCUGAAGAAGAAGGAUUUCUCUGAGGCAAAAAAACAGGCAGACCAAGCAAAAGACCUCUCCAAAGACAGCUCAUAUAUUGCAGACACAUCAGCACAAGUGAUUAAGCAUGAGCUAAAGCAUGAAAUGACAACAUGCAAUGAAGUGCCAGUCAGMCCAAGAGAACUGAUCCAUUUUCUCAAAAUGGCACAGUCAGCCAUGGAAGCGUUCAAACACACACAAAGCCUUGCAAAGAAAGAAUCACUUCAGCGAAUAACAAUCAAAACAGACAACUGCCCUUUCAAUACGUCAGGAUGUCUCGGAGAAAUCCAGGUUGGAGUUCUGAUAAUUGACUUGUUGGAAAAGAUCCCAGUCUUUUCACGUGACUGUGUUCACCAUGACAUAAUGGGUCAUUUCCUCUCUGGGACAGUUAAACUUGAGGACAUACAGAGAAAUGAUCCACGACGCAAUAAAAAUGCAGUCUACUACGACAUUCUGAAACAGUUCGAUAGCUUACUUUACAACCUGAAGUACAAGAUGAAGCAGAACAUCGACUACCUUGACAAACUGUACGUGAAUCUGGGCUCCAGAUUUGGAGUGAAAGACAGUCGUGACCAAGUGGCCCAAAUGGAGCUUUUCAGAUGCUUCAAACUCUACGCUAAAGUUUUCUGUAGGACAGAUUCUGCUCAUCUUUUAAAAAAUAAAAUGAUGAAUACCAUGAUGCUUCUUGAGCAGACAAGACAGUUCCUUGAGAAGGAAAAAGCUGAUACCUACUUUGGGAUUCUGGAUUGUCUCUCAAAACAAACUUCAGUGGAUAUAAUUGAGAAAAUUGCCAGGCACUAUCACUUCCUCUGGCAGAACAAACCAUCUCCAAAGGAGAAAAUCAACUUCAUCUACAUCAAUCUUGUGUUGAGUCGUAUCAAACUACAAUCACAAUGUUUGAUACAAUACCAGGAGCUGCUGAACGUCCUCUUCCAGGUUCACAAUGAACAGGUACCAUUAAACGAGUGUUUGGCUCUGUUCUUCGUCACAGUUGUGUUGUUGUGGCCACAAGCACAAGAUCCAGUGCGUGUAAAUCUGAGAAUGUUCAUUUCAAAGAUGAAGACCAUUUAUUAUGAAGAGAUGAAGGAAGUGUUCAACGGGAAGAGUCCCCUUAUCCAUUUCCUGUUGGGGAGGAAGGUGGGCUACGAGCGACUCGUGCACGUUGGGGCGAUCAAAAGAUUCAUCGAAGCUGACGAGUUUUCUUCCAUGUGGGGAAACGGCAAGAUAUGGAAAGAAAGGAAAGUGAGUGAGCUUCUUCUCAGGGUCACAGGUGAAGUGAAGCAUGAUGGGAUACUGGCACACACUUGUACCCCAGGUCUGAAGCUUGAAGUGAUUCCAGCGCUCCGAAGUCAGAUUAGUGGACACCCCGAGGGGACAAAGGUCUCAUUUUUCAUCGGCUUCUCAUUGAAAGGCCCUCGUGCACUUGAUAUUGUACUUGAAUCUUAAAAAGUCCAGCUUAAACAAACAAAAAAUAAAUAAAAAAA